AUGGGUGACCCGUUCUCGAUUUUGUCCGGGGCUGCGGGGAUAAUCUCCCUUGGCAUUCAAACCACCCAAGGUCUGAUCGACUUUUACUCCGCCUACAAGGAUCAGGAUGCCAAUCUGGCGAGGACUACAAAGAAUUUGGAGACCCUUCAGACAGUCUUUCAAUCCCUGAAGGCUGCCUUGACGACUCGCCUGUCUCGCGCGCACCCCGAGGAGCUCGAGAAACAAGUCGAUGAGGCCAUACAGAGAUGCGAGGAAAUCAUCUUGGAGCUCAAAACUGACUGUCAGAAAUUUGUCAAAGAUCCAAAUGCCAACCUCAAAGGUCGAAUUCAAAUUGCCGGUCGUCGUGCAGCUUACCCAUUUCGAAAAAGCACUCUGGAAAAGCUUGAGGAAGCCAUUGCCGAGAUACGCGAGGAUUUGUCGAUUGCACUCGAUGUCCUACAGCUGAAGGGCCAGAAUGAAAUUCAAGAUGGUAUAUCGGAUCUUAAGUCCCUGCUCGAGCGCACAACCGCUAGCCAGGUGUCGUUCAUGGUUCGCGCAUGGCUGGCAGCACCGGACGCAUCUCUCAAUCAUAACGCUGCUUCUGCCAAACGUCGUGCAGAUACUGGACUCUGGCUCGUCAAUGGCCCUCGGUUCGCUGACUGGCUAGUGGGACAAAAUUCCUUCCUUUGGCUGAACGGCUUUGCUGGAUGUGGCAAGUCUGUCCUGUGCUCAACUGCAAUCGAAUAUACAUUCAAGAGGAUGAAGCAUAGCCAGGGGGUAGGAAUCGGGUAUUUCUACUUUUCCUUCACCGAUGAGGCGAAGCAAGAUGAUAGUGGCAUGUUACGCACAUUGCUAUUGCAACUGUCAGCGCAAGUCCAAGAUGGCGAGCAGCAUCUGGAGCAACUAUACCAGCUGCACAAGUCCAGUAGCCCCCCAGUGAACGUGCUUCUCAACUCACUUUACAAAUUUCUUGGUCAACUGCGUGAUUGCUAUAUUUUAGUCGAUGCAUUGGAUGAAAGCCCACGGGACAGCAAGAGGGAAAGUGUUUUGAGCACGAUCCAGACGAUACGGGAUUGGGCCUUGCCAAGCGUUCAUCUCCUGAUAACCAGUCGUGAUGAAUUCCAUAUCCGUCAAUCUCUAGAGCCCUCUCGUGACGAAGAUCUCUUGAUGAGAAAUCCCGAACUUGACGAAGACAUAGAAAACUUCAUCUCUUACCAACUCGACAAUGACCCCAAACGCCAUAAGUGGGAACGCCGUAGGAAAGAAAUUCAACAGAAGUUGACUCAGAACGCGCAAGGAGUGUUCCGAUAUGUUGAGUGUCAGUUCAAUGCUCUCAGGAAAGUGCACACUGGAAACCAGCUUGAUAAAUGCCUCCAGUCAUUGCCCCGUGACUUGGAUCAAACGUACGCGCGCAUCCUAUGCAAUAUCGAUGAAGACUAUGUCGAAGACGUGCGGCGGAUUUUGACUAUCCUUUCGGUCUCCACCCGACCACUGGCAGUCGAAGAGCUGAUUGAUGCUCAUGCUGUUGAUCUUACCGAUCCACCGCGUCUUGACCGUGAUGGCCGUUCAUACGACCAAGAAGGCCUUAUUGACAUCUGCCUUGGUCUUGUUGAAAUCGCGACCGGGAAAGAUAUUGCUGGUAGAACCAACUCCAUUGCACGCAUAGCACAUUUCUCUGUUCAAGAGUACCUUCAAUCGGAUCGUAUCUUGAAAGAAACAUGCAAAGCAUUCGCUAUUCUAAGUGGGCCGGCACACACAGAAGCCGCCAGGAUCUGCCUUUGCUACUUGCUGGAACCAAGUCUUGUCACAGGGGACCUUGAUAUAGCGAAAGUCAAAAAAUUUCCACUUGCUCAAUUCGCUGCGCAAAAUUGGGCUCAUCACUUUUUACGUUCUGAUGAACAGCAGAUUGUGGAAGAACUCGUUUUAAGGCUUCUCGAAGAUCAAAGCGAUGCUCUGGUGACGUGGGUGAGGUUACAUGAUCCGGAUCAAGCAUUUGAAGGAUUUAUGGUAUUUAAUGUGAGGAAGCAGGAUUUAGCCUCCCCUAUAUAUUACGCAACAGUGAUGGGGCUACAGUCAAUACUCGGGCGGUUACUCACAGGCAGCUAUCACGGCGCGUCUUUGUCAAAGGCAAUCAACGCCCGGCGAAGGCGGUCCGGAACUGCCCUCCAGGCUGCUGCGAGGAUCAAAGAUAAUACAUCUAUCGUGCAGAUGCUGCUAGAUAAAGGUGCCGAUGUCAACGUCCAGGGAGGGAAGUACGGAACUGCCCUCCAGGCUGCUGCGAGGAUCAAAGAUAAUACAUCUAUCGUGCAGAUGCUGCUAGAUAAAGGUGCCGAUGUUAACGCCCAGGGAGGGCCAUCCGGAAGUGCCCUCCAGGCUGCUGCGAGCAUCGAAGAUAAUACAUCUAUCGUGCAGAUGCUGCUAGAUAAAGGUGCCGAUGUCAACGCCCAGGGAGGGCCAUCCGGAAGUGCCCUCCAGGCUGCUGCGAGCAUCGAAGGUAAUACAUCUAUCGUGCAGAUGCUGCUGGAUAAAGGUGCCGAUGUCAAUGCCCAGGGAGGGGAGUACGGAACUACCCUCCAGGAUGUUGUGCGCUUCAAACAAAAUACAUCUAUCGUGCAGAUGCUGCUAGAUAAAGGUGCCGAUGUCAAUGCCCAGGGAGGGGAGUACGGAACUGCCCUCCAGGCCGCUGCGAGCAUCAAAGAUAAUACAUCUAUCGUGCAGAUGCUGCUAGAUAAAGGUGCUAAUGUCAAUGUCCAGGGAGGGCGCUUCGGAAAUGCUCUCGGGGCUGCUGUGCGUAGUGAAGAUCCAUGUCUCGUGCAGAUGCUGCUAGAUAAAGGUGCCAAUGUCAACGCCCAGGGAGGGCGCUUCGGAGAUGCCCUCCAGAGUGCUGCGCGCGUCAAAGAUAAUACAUCUAUCGUGCAGAUGCUGCUAGAUAAAGGUGCCGAUGUCAACGCCCAGGGAGGGCUCUUCGGAGAUGCGCUCCAGGCUGCUGCGAGGAACAAAGAUAAUACAUCUAUCAUGCAGAUGCUACUAGAUAAGGGUGCCGAUAUCAACGCCCAGGGAGGGCCAUCCGGAAGUGCCCUCCAGGCUGCUGCGAGCAUCGAAGGUAAUACAUCUAUCGUGCAGAUGCUGCUGGAUAAAGGUGUCGAUGUUAACGCCCAGGGAGGGGACUUCGGAAAUGCCCUCCAGGCUGUUGCAUUCACCAAAGAUAAUACAUCUAUCGUGCAGAUGCUACUAGAUAAGGGGGCCGAUAUCAACGCCCAGGGAGGGGACUUCGGAAAUGCCCUCCAGGCUGCUGCAUUCACCAAAGAUAAUACAUCUAUCGUGCAGAUGCUGUUAGAUAAGGGGGCCGAUGUCAACGCCCAGGGAGGGUACUUCGGAAAUGCCCUCCAGGCUGCUGCACUCACCGAAGAUAAUACAUCUAUCGUGCAGAUGCUACUAGAUAAGGGGGCCGAUGUCAACGCCCAGCGAGGGGAGUACGGAAAUGCCCUCCAGGCUGCUGUGCGUAGUGAAGAUCCAUGUAUCGUGCAGAUGCUGCUAGAUAAAGGUGCCGAUGUCAACGCCCAGGGAGGCUUCUACGGCAAUUCGCUCCAAGCUGCCACAUCAGCCCGGGGUGGCGAGCCUCUAGUGCAGACUCUGCUAGACAGUGGCGCCGAUGUCAAUGCCGAAGGCGGAGUUUAUGGUAAUGCACUUCAGGCAGCAUUGCUACGCGGAGCCAGCGAAACGCUGGUACAAACACUGUUAGACCAUGGUGCCAACUCUGAUGUGGUCCAGAUUGUAUCCGGUGGAGGGAAAAAGGCUUCGGUGCAGAUGCUCUUGGACCAAGGUGUUGAUCGAGAAGACCUCCUGAAAGCUGCAAAUCAAGGCUCUAACUGGGAGCUGCAGGAAAUCAUCGAGUCUUAA